UGUAGCGUGUGAUCAGGCUUCAAGGCUUCAGGGACAGUUGUGUUGAUUUCAAAAAUAAACUCAAUUUUAAAUAUCAACUAAAGCUGCUGUGACUGACAUAGAAUGUUGAGGCUCAUUUAAAUGUAAACAACACUUACAAGCAAAGGAGGAGAAGAAUUACAAUAUCUCACUGAAGGAUUUGAUAGAAAAUUACUCCAAGUACUCUGGAAAAAUUCUUGGCCUUGAAGAAAAGGAAAAAAGGUGAGAGAAAUUGUCUAGAGCAGGACAUGGACAGAAAGAAAGCUGUCUUCAAAGCUGACAGAGCAAUUGGGGUCAGUGGAAGGGAAGUGUUUGAGUUCAGACCUGAGCUUGUUGACGAUGACGAUGAGGAGGCUGAUGAUACUAAAUAUUCUGAUGAUGAUGACACUGAGGUUUCUAACGAGAUGGAGAAUGCAGAGGAGGUUCAGGACAUUCCUAGAUUUAUCCCUAAAGAGGUGGAUUAUGCAGGUAUAACGGUGGCAACGGGUGACAGGUUCACUGCCAAAGCUCCUACAACAAAUGACACGGAUGACAAUAAAUUGAGCGAGGCGUCAGGCGGAGCUGUAGAGAAUGGAGAGCUUGGGCAGGACCAGACGCUGGAGGAUGGAGAAACUAAUGAGGAGGAGUCAGAGGCGGUGCCAGUAGAUGAGAACCUCUUCACCGGGGAGGAUCUAGACGAACUUGAGGAGGAGCUCAACACACUGGACCUGGACGAGUGAAGACUGGGACUGUGCAUUAUUCAUGAACUACACAUGGCUUGAUGUGAAAGACAAUAUUUUCACAAAUAAAUACCACCAGAAUUGCCAUGUCAGAAACCGCUCUGCCUGCAACAUGCACCCUCAUCACUUGAUGUCCUGGGAUGCUACAGGAGAGAGUGGAUGUGGCUCUUGAUCUCUCUCUGAUGUAUUUUUUUUUUUUUUUUGCCCUUUUUCCAUUUUUUUUUUUUAUUGCAGUCUACCCCAAAAGCACAGUCAGGUGAGGGUUUGGUUCUUCAGCAGGAACAUACUCCAAAAUUUAUGAGGUUGUUGAUGAUUUGAUAUUUCUGCAUUCUCAUUUGAAAUAUUUGAUUAAAUAAUUUUUGUAAGGACGUGCGUAUGAAUUAAUCCAACAUAAAUCCUCUUAAGACGUUCAAGCA